CAGCGAGCCGUCCCCAUUGCUCUGUGUGCCCCUCUCGGCUACUCGGCACCCUGGGAAGUGCACUAUCUGUUUAGAUUGGUGUCUAUAUUUAAACACUCAUUGCCUCCCCUCCCCUCUUUCCUCCUCUCCCUCUGUGUGUGUGUGUAGGGUUUGCUAGUGGGGAGGGUCGCUCUGCUAUCUGGAAGCUAUGGGACAUAGUUGCUAAAUUCUCAAGUGCAACCCAAGCCCCAGCGCCGGCGGCCGAGGGACGAAAGUUGCACCGAGGAAGCAAGAGGGUCCCUGCAGGGCGAGGGGAUACUUGGUGGCCCCUGGAGCCAGGAAGGAAAUGGAGGGGAAACCAGUGGAUGUCGGUUCAGCGGAGGAGACCCCAGUUCCAUCUGUGGCAAAGCUUGCUGGGAUAUUUGGGGAGCAGCGCAACACCCCAAGGAAAGAGAUACCUCCCCAAAAACCAACUCGAAGGAAACCCCCCUGCUCCCUGCCCUUGCACAAGCCCGAGGUUGUACACAAUGACGGAGAGCGAGUCUCCCCGCCAGCUUGUGUGCAGCCCAAAAUCAAAGUGAAAAGUUCUCCCCGUAUAGAGAAGCUUCAGGCCAAUUUGGCUUUUCAACCAGUUGUGUUUCUACCAGGGGGCAUAGGGUCGCCGAAGAGCCCCGGCCUGAAAGUGAUGACCUCUCCGUUCAGCAGCCCCCCAUUAACUCCCGGCAGCCCAGGGAUCCAACCUCGUUCCAGCGAAUCAGACGAAGGUCCUGUCAGUUUUGAAAAACCACCAGAGGGCGCCCAUACCCUGAGUACCGCUAAGCUUCGUACAAAAGGCUCCAUAAAGCGCAGACCCCCGAGCCGAAGGUUCCGCAAAUCCCAGACAGAGUUUGGGACGGAGGAUGAAGUAGAUACAAGUAAAACUCCAAAAGAAAAUGGGGAGAAACCCCAAGAAACAGAUGAUGUGUUUGACCCAAAGGGAAAGCAGAACAUGGAGGAGUCGGUCACUGAGACCCAGGAGGAAACACCAAACCCAACGGGAGAUUCAGCAGAGAAAAGUGAAGCAGAAGAGUCAGGGGAUGGGAAGGUGACGGAAGAGAAAGGGGAGUCAGAAGUAAAUAAGGAAGAGGGAGAUACUAAAAAGGACUGUGAAAAAGAAACCACAAUAAAUGAAUCAGAUCCCAAAGAGCCGACCAUUACACCUACGGGUUCAACCAACAUGGAACCCACAGGGGAGAAGCCAUGUGACCUGCCGGGAAAGGAUACGGAUGUAGUAGGGAGUAAAUCUAGUGGAGAGGAUGAACUGGAGAAAGAGAAGCCUCAAAGUGAACAAUAACGGAGGCCAUAUCCCAUUGGUGGCUAAAGCUUGGCUCAAUUCUCUGCUG